GUCCUUAUUGGUUGAUGUAACGGAAUGGACAACAUGUUACAAUUCAUGAAACUAGUCGGACAGCUAAAACGAGUGCCGCGAACAGGAUGGGUGUACAGAAAUAUCAAACAGCCAGAGAGUGUGUCUGAUCAUAUGUACAGAAUGUCAAUGAUGGCCUUAACAAUACAGGACAUCAGUGUCAACAAAGAAAGAUGCAUGAAGCUGGCUUUAGUUCAUGACUUGGCUGAGUGCAUUGUGGGAGAUAUUGCUCCAGCAGACAAUGUUAGCAAAGCAGAGAAGCACAGAAGGGAAAAGGAUGCAAUGGUGCACAUCACAGGCCUGUUAGAUGAUGGCUUGCGGAAAGAGAUUUACAAUUUAUGGGAGGAGUAUGAGACUCAGUCCAGUCCAGAGGCCAAACUGGUGAAGGAGCUGGACAACCUGGAGAUGAUCAUACAAGCUCAUGAGUAUGAGGAGUUAGAAGGGAAACCUGGACGACUGCAGGAGUUCUUCGUCUCUACUGAAGGCAAGUUUCAUCACCCUGAGGUGUUGGGUCUGUUGAAGAGUUUGAAUGAGGAAAGAGCUCGACACAUUGCUGCCGGAGGAGAGAAGACCACUGACACAGACUCUCUCACUCUGGCAAAACCCUGAUCUCAGAUCCUGUCAGACAAUGAACUACCUCCACACGUCUGCGCACAAGAGUGUUUGUUUUGUUCAGAUAUGCCGUGAUGUGUUUUUAUUUAAUUGUACAGGAGCAUUUUUUUUGUGGUUGAGAUGUUUCUGUCCUGUUUGAUUGAACGUUUUGCACGACACGGUUGGUUUCCACAAUUGUCAUUUUAUUAAUUAAAAUAAAUUUUUUAUUAAAGGCCAAA